GCUCUCGCGAGAUUUCCUGCAGGAACUAGCCGCCGCCGCUUGCCGGUAGCGGAAGUGGUGGGCUGGUUGGUAGGUGAUGUUGUUGCUAUUUCUUGGGUCGCCAUGUCGCCGCUUCUGGUGCUUGUAGCGUUCUGCGUCGCCGGCGCUGUUCGCGCUGAGGGGCAGGACCUGGAGCAGACAGAGCCUGAUGGAGCUUCAGCAGGCAAAGGAACAUCCGUGGAGCCACAUGGUGCCCUGGAAAUCACAGAGAAGGAGCACCCGGGCACAUCCAGGGUUGAGAACAAUCGUCAGUCUGGCUCAGAAGGAGACCCCAAAACAGGCACCAGUAACACAGCAGUGAUGGAGAAGGAUCAGAAGAAUGAGAAACAGGAGGAAGAUCAGAAAAACAAGAACGAGAAGAAGGAAGAGGAGGAAAAGAAUGUGUCUGGCUCCAGCAGCAACGGGGAGCAGCACACCGAUGGCCAGGGUGGCAAUGGCCAGGCCAGCAGCACAGGUCAGCAGGCCACUGAACAUGGCAAUGGCGCUGAUAACCAGAUUUACAGCCAGAGCGGCAGCACCAGUAGCUUAGGCACUGGUAACUCCCCUAACCAGCAUAGUGACAACCAGAACGUAGGCCCUGACAAGCAGAAAAAUGGUGAGGAAAACAACAUCCAGAACAGCAGCACUGAAGGGAAUGAGGACACUAAGGACAGUAAUGACAAGAAUGUCACUGGGAACCAGGACAAGGAGAACAAGGACCAGAACGUGGGUGCUGGCGACCAGAACGUGGGCGCUGGCGGCCAGGGCCAGGGUGGCAGUAACGAGGAGAAGGACAAUCAGAAAAGCAACAACCACGGCAGCGACAACAUCAACCAAGGUAGUAAUGGGGACAACAACCAGGGCCAGGGUGAUACCAAAGACAGCAGCAAGAACAACAACCAGGACCAGGGCAAUGAUGGGGGCAAGAACACUGCAAGCACCGGCAAGAACAAGGAAAGCAACACCAAGAAUGAGGACCAGAACCAGGAAAGCAAUGGUGGGGACGGCAGCAAGAACCAGGAAAGCAACACUGGGAAUGAGGACACAAACCAGGGCAGUAACACGGACAAUCAGGCCACCAACCAGGGCAAUCAAAUGACCUCAUCGAGAGAGAAAAAUGUUUUGCCUCAAGCAACUUCCUCUCCUGAUGAGGGUGACGGCGUUUCAGAGGAUGAAGAAAGCCCCAAAGAGGAACAGGAUGGAGCCAAAAGCAGCAGCGAUGCCUCCUUCUUUAAUGAGAGAGAGAAGAGCAUUCCUUCUCUGCCCAGGGACCACUCAGAGAGCAGCCACUUCUUCGCCUACCUGGUGACCACAGCUAUUGUUGUUGCUGCCUUAUACGUUGCCUAUCAUAACAAGCGCAAGAUCAUUGCUUUUGCUCUGGAGGGAAGGAGAUCGAAAAGUGGUCGACGGCCCAAAUUUGGCGAUUACCAGAGACUGGAUCAAAAGAUCUAGAUUCUUCCUUGGAUAUUCAAUGGGAUAAUGCCUGCUGGUGAUGAAAAUGCAUGAACGCCAGGCCACCCGCUGACUGGGUUGCAGCCAUGCUGCUGUGUUCAGGUUUCAGGCAGCAGGAGGAAGAGGAAAUGCUUUUUGUUUUGCACCUGCACCUCAGUAGCAUUGGGCCUCUCGCUUCUGCAAAAUGCGUUUCCCCUUUUUCUGCUGCCUGAAGAGCGAUUUGUUUGCCAUUUGGGUGCCCAGCUGUCGCCUGUGACCCAGGAAAAGCCAAUCCCCAGCACUUUGGUGUCCAAAUCAGAUGGAAUUUACUGUCUACUGUACUGACAUCUCCUCUUGUCGGGGGCAAAUCUAUGUAUCUGCCUGCAAAAUGAGCCGCCUGACUCUUCUUGUGCGGAGUCACGGAGCUGCCUUUGUAUCCAGCACAAUCUUGCUUGAGACACCGAACUCCUCCUCUCCUGUCCCUGGUGUUCAGAUGCUCAGUUUGGAGCAUGACCACUUGGAACUGAUCUGCCAAGGACCCCAGUUUGAUUCUUUUCUCUCUCUGCUAUAUCAGAAUUUAACAUCCUGGUUCUGUCUUCCCGCACAUCUUUUGGAACAUUGGGGCUGUCCUUGGCACUUGGGUUGUAGCUUUCCCUUCCUCCCCUGCUCCACACGGGUCUUUUCCCUCUCGAUCCCUAGCAUUCUGAUGUUUGCACUGAAGGUGACCAUUGUGGUUUGAAGCUGUGAAGGGCAGAGUAAAGCUCCGUGCCAAAUUGCUGCUGUGUGGCUGUAGUGGACUGUGCCUUGGAAGAUCACUUCCCUGCCCCUUGCAGAAUGGAGUUGGGUGGUGAUGCAAAACAUACGGUGAUCCUGAAGCAUUGAUGAUGAUGAAAUGAUGGUGGGAUGGAUGAAAUUACUGGUCUUCCUCAAAAAAUGCAGGCCCUAGUCCCCAGAGUGAGCUUCCACCGGUCAUGGUGCUCACUGCGACUGAGCCCUCGGCCUCGGGAAGCAGUUGAGCGCACGGCAGCUUCUCAUCCCUGGGGUUGCACAAGCCCUGGCCUUGGAAAACCGUUGGAGCCCAUGGUGUGGGCACCGGCUUCUCUGCUUGUGAAUCACCACAAGGUGUCUUCUCAGUGACUGACGUGCAAAAGGGCUCACCGCAUAACCAGCACUACUGCUUUCCACUCUUCCAUGGCUUCCCUGGCUUUGAGGAGUUCUGUGUGGCUGAAUGUAUGUUGCCAGCUGCUUGUCACGGAGCUGCUUGCUUGGAAAUGACUGCAGAGUGCUCAAACCAGGGCCUGGGGCCUACUGAUUGUGUUUAAGGCUGCAAACCAUGUUGAUCCCCGAGUUAAAGCUGUGAGAUGGUGUUUGGUUUUGUAGUUCUACUCCAGAGGCGUUUGAUCGGGGCCCAAAGUGGGCACAAAGUGCCAGUCUCCUCCUGCUUUUAAUUUUUCCUUCAUGGACAAAAGAAAAUUGGCAUCGUGAGCCCUUCAGACAGGUCCCCACCUGCACCCAAAGCUCAUGCUGGAGUCUCCCUUUCAGAGUGCUUCCUGACUGACUGCACAGGAGGAAUCCCGCGUGGGUGAACUUUGCGAAAGCGAAUGCUGGGAUGGGGCUGGCCUUUUUGCAGCCUUCACGAGGUCGUGAACAAUUGGUAACUUGCCCUGUGGUUGCUAAAGACAGUCAUGUUUGACCAGGGCAGUCUUCUCUGGACAUAAAAGCUACAGCAAUAUUUUAUUAUUUUUAGUGGCUUAUUUCCCAUGGAAGAGGAGAAAAGGGGCUUGACUGUCUCCUAGAAGAUGAAUUUUCUUUUUUUCACCUUUUUGCAAGAGUGGGACAAAGUCCCUCUGGGCUUUAAAUAGCUUCCAAGGGUUCCGUAGUAAACUCUUCUCAUGCUAAAAGUACUUGCAGAGUUGUUUUGGAAAAGGGGAGUGUGAAAGGGAGGGAAGGGAAAGGAAAACAAGGCUGGUAAUGUAACCUGUGGGGGAAAGGGUGGGAGCUCCUGCAGCCAGGCUUCCUUGAAUCCACCAUUCCUGACGCUUGCUGUCAUGCAGCUGGUUUAUGGGCAGGGAAGGAGGUGGUGACUUUUGGCUGAUGACAGCGCAGGGAUAACUGCAUUCCAACACAGGAAACAACACCCUGUGCUCCCAAGCUGCUCAGUCCUGCAUUCUCAGUGUGUGUGCAUUGUUCUGCUUUAUCCUAUUUUUUUUAGGUUGAAAAGUAGUUUAUAAAGGGCUAUUUUCAUCACCUGCUUGCUUUUUGAUACCGCAAGCUUCUUCAGAUGCCUUUAAGUCCUCUGACAUUCCAGGUUAUGUUGGAAAUUAUGCUCUGCUUCCGGCAGCUGGAUACUGGCAGCACCUGGAACCAAGCGAGGUCUUGGAAGAGCAUGAAGAUCAUCCUUCAAAUACCUUGGGCAUCAGGUUGGGCCGAGCACGAGUUUGUUUGUCAGGUUAAUGAGGUUAUGCAUCACAUCUCGAUGGGAGACUCCUGAUUCUUUGGGUUUUUGGGAUUUAAAUUCACACAACGCAUUUCAGAAGGGUUGAGGUGUGGGUAACCUUGUCCCUUUGGACGCAACCCGGAUUUCAAGCGGUCAAGUGGUACGUUGGGGUUUUGCCAAAUGUUCCCAUUUUCCAGCCACUGCCUUGCCAGUUCGAAUCGAUUUGUUUUCCACCACAGUGAGAUGCGGUUUGCUUUGAAGGGUUGGAGUUUUUCUAUUUUUUUUGUUCUGUGUGUUGAAAUCAAUAAAUUGAUGUAAGAAGAA